GUCCUUAGCACUGCGGUUCCAUGUCCACCAUGGGAAAGCUUUCGCAAUUCUGAACGUCUUAUCCACGCUUAGUUGCGGCGUUCAAGUUGCGAAGUGCGGCGAGAUGGGUCGUUAUCUCGAGCUGCAGCCCUCUUAAGAAGCCAGUGCUGGCUGCCUCGUUAGUAAAUUAUACCUUUAUUUACUUUUCCAAAAUGUCGACUUCGCAGCGUGUUGUCAUCAUCGGCGCUGGCAUCGUUGGCACCAAUCUUGCUGACGAGCUGGUCUCGAGAGGAUGGAACAACAUCACUGUCAUCGAGCAGGGCCCACUGAGCAUGCCAGGAGGCUCGACAUCACACGCGCCAGGUUUAGUCUUCCAAACAAACCCAUCAAAGACGAUGACUCUGUUCGCCAAGUACACUAUGGAGAAAUUGCAGUCUCUCCAAAAAGACGGCCAAAGUUGCUUCAACCAAUUGGGAGGUCUCGAGAUCGCAACAACACCAGAACGCCUUCAAGAGCUCAAACGCAAGCACGGAUAUGCCCAGUCCUGGGGCAUCGAAGCAACGUUGAUCAGUCCAGAGGAGUGCCACGCCAAGUACCCGGGUCUGAACAAGAGCAUGAUUUUAGGUGGCCUACACAUCCCAAGCGACGGUCUGGCAUUAGCGGCCCGUGCCACACAGCUGCUCAUCGAGAGUACAAGCAAAGCGGGUGUCCGAUACCUUGAACACACCGUAGUCACGGGCAUCGAACAAGCCAACGGCCACGUGACAGGGGUCACCACAAACAAGGGCAGUGUGCCUGCAGACAUUGUUGUGUCUUGCGCCGGCUUCUGGGGGGUGGAGAUUGGUAAGAUGAUCGGGCUGAAAGUCCCACUUCUCCCACUCGGCCACCAAUACGUCAAGACAACACCUGUACCGGGUCUUGUGGGUCGCGAAGUCAACAAGAACAUUAAUGCAAUGAAUGCCGAAUACCCCAUCCUGCGACACCAGGACCAGGAUCUGUACUACCGCGAACACGGAGACCAGUAUGGUAUUGGGUACUAUGGGCAUCGACCAAUGCCCGUCAAUGCCGCGUCCCUGGGUGUGACACCAGAGAAGGUCGAUGAUAAGAACAUGCCAUCGCGGCUUGACUUCACACCCGAAGACUUUGAACCGGCGUGGAAGGCAACACAAGAGCUGCUGCCUGCCCUCAGGGAGACCGAGAUUGCGGAUGGAUUUAACGGAGUCUUCUCUUUCACACCAGAUGGCGGGUCGGUCGUCGGCCAAGCGCCCAACCUCGAUGGCUUCUAUGUCGCCGAGGCUGUCUGGGUAACGCACUCUGCCGGUGUUGCUCGAGCUGUAGCGGAGGUGCUCACCGAAGGCCGCUCCAAGAUCGACAUUGCUGAGCUAGAGAUAACUCGAUUUGAGGAAGUCCAGCUUAGCCCGGAGUAUGUCAGCGAGACCUCGCAGCAGAACUUUGUGGAAAUCUACGAUAUUAUCCACCCAUUGGCACCCAAGGAACUGAUGCGCAACCUGCGUGUCAGCCCGUUCCAUGCCCGGCAAAGUGAGCAAGGUGCAUUCUUCCUCGAGGUUGGAGGAUGGGAACGCCCGCACUGGUAUGAAGCCAACGCUGAGCUCGUCCGGUCGCUUCCCGAUGAAUGGAAGCCGGUCGACCGCGAUGCCUGGUCUUCCAAGUUUUACUCGCCGAUUGCUGCAGCAGAAGCAUGGAAGACGCGCAACGCCGUCGCCAUGUAUGACAUGACUACAUUCCAUCGUUUCGAGGUCUACGGUCCUGCAGCUGUCGAUCUACUGCAGCGCCUCACGACCAGCGAUGUAACCAAGGCCCCUGGCACCAUCACUCACACGCUGCUCCUCAACACACAUGGUGGCGUUCUGAGCGACAUCUUUGUGUCGAGACUCGAAGGAGAUGUAUUCCAGAUCGGCGCCAACACUGCUACCGAUCUUGCUUAUCUCGCACGAGAGGCCCGCCAGCAAUCAAAGAUAACACCGGGCCAGUGGGUACAGGUGCGCGACGUGACUGGAGGCACUUGCUGUCUCGGCCUCUGGGGUCCUCGAGCUCGCGAUGUGAUCAAGGGUAUCAGUCCAGAUGAUUUCUCCAACAAAGGAUUGCCCUACAUGGGCGUUAAGAAGCUGGGGUUAGCCGGCAUCCCAGUCACAAUGUUCCGCAAAUCGUUCGUCGGAGAACAUGGCUGGGAGAUCCAGACUACACCGGAGUUCGGUCAGCGUCUGUGGGAUCUUUUGUGGCAAGCCGGUAAGCCUCACGGACUUGUGGCUGCUGGCCGUGCUGCUUUCAAUGGUCUGCGUUUAGAAAAAGGCAUCCGAGCUUCUGGUUCAGACUUCUCGUCAGAAUACAACCCCUACGAAGCUGGUAUCACCUAUGCCGUCCAAAGAGACAAGACAUCAGACUUUGUCGGGAAGGCGGCGCUCGAAGCUGCAUCGAGACGCACACCAACUAAGCGACUAAGAUGCCUGACAGUUGACGAUGGGCGCUCCAUGGUAUUGGGUAAAGAGCCGGUGUUCCGCGACGGAAAGAUUGCUGGCUAUGUUACGAAUGCUGCCUUUGGAUACACCGUUCGCAAGCCAGUUGCAUUCGCCUGGCUACCGAAGGACAUCAACGAGGGUGAUUCGGUUGAGAUCGAGUACUUCAGCCAGAAGAUCAAGGCCACCGUCGUAUCAGACCCGCUGUACGACCCGCAAAGUCGACGCUUAUAUGAUGACGGUCCCUCGGAGAAGCCGGAGCUGCAAAAGCGAUUAAAAGCGCUUCUGUAAUGGCGAUGUUUUGUAGAUAGCAACGAAUUACGACUGGAGGGGCAUUAGAGAAAUGGCGUUCAGCAUUUGUGCCGGUGGGAUUGCAUGGUUCAGUCUACAAUAUAAUCCAAUGUUUUGAACUUGAUACGUUUACCUCUGAAGAAGCUGUGAUCGUGAAGGCGCCCUGUUGUCGCGCCUGCGGAUCCGCAUGCUGACUAAUCGCUAUCGAUAACCGCCGGGUAACCGCGUUGAUGUCAUCGUCUCGCGGCUUCUAUGUAUGUCAGCAACAACACCUUGAACUUCACUCAUGAGCUUCUUCACUGCUGCAAUCAGACGCGCACCAUUCCGAUCAUUUCGUUUACCAGUC